AUGAGUUCUCUAAAUUCUUGUUCAGAUUUGCAUUCAACUAUUAAUGAACAAUCACUUCAUGAUCAAUCAUCUUCAAAUAUGAAUAUUGAUCAUUCAAAUAGCAUUCAUGAUCAAUCAUCUUCAAGUAUGAAUAUUGAUCAUUCAAAUAGCAGUAAUUCUCGUUAUAGUUUUGAUUUUGAGCUCUACAAUCCCGUUGAGAUUCCCAUCGAUCAUCCCCAUUCGACUGAUGCGUUGUAUUGCUCGACCUAA